AACAAACUUAAACAAUAUUUUACUAUCUGUCAUAUCUUCUAUAAUUUGUCUUUUCGCGUGUGUGACAGUUCUUACAAGCACAUUUUAUAAAGUUUAACAAUGCAGAUCUUCGUAAAAACCCUUACGGGUAAAACCAUAACGUUAGAGGUUGAAGCCUCUGACACUAUCGAAAAUGUAAAAGCGAAAAUUCAAGACAAAGAGGGCAUUCCACCAGAUCAGCAAAGAUUGAUCUUCGCCGGCAAACAGUUGGAAGAUGGACGUACAUUGUCCGACUACAACAUCCAGAAGGAAUCGACACUUCACUUGGUGUUGAGGCUUCGAGGAGGUACUAUUGAGCCUUCCCUCCGUAUUUUGGCCAUGAAAUACAACUGUGACAAGAUGAUCUGCCGCAAGUGCUAUGCUCGCCUCCAUCCGCGUGCCACCAACUGCCGCAAGACCAAGUGUGGCCACACCAACAACCUCCGCCCCAAGAAGAAGAUCAAGGAUUAAGCAUUUUAUUUUCAUUUCACCAAAAAAAUGGCAAUUUUGAAAAUGUAAACACUUGAAGGAAUAAAAGUAACAACCAAA